AUGGCAGUCCAGAGGGAGCUGCAUGGCAGUCCAGAGGGAGCUGCAUGGCAGUCCAGAGGGAGCUGCAUGGCAGUCCAGAGGGAGCUGCAUGGCAGUCCAGAGGGAGCUGCAUGGCAGUCCAGAGGGCGCUGCAUGGCAGUCCAGAGGGCGCUGCAUGGCAGUCCAGAGGGCGCUGCAUGGCAGUCCAGAGGGCGCUGCAUGGCAGUCCAGAGGGCGCUGCAUGGCAGUCUCGGGGCUACUUACCUGGCGGUGGUGCACCCGUUCCGUCUGAUGACCCGACGAACCCGCUCUAAGACCAUCUGGAUCAACCUGUUUGUGUGGGUGGUGUCAUUUGUCAUGGUCCUUCCCGCCUGGGUCCACUCCAAAGUAAUUUGCUUCCCUGACGGACUGGAGAGCUGCUCCGUGAACCUGGUCACUCCCAAAGCGGUGCUCUGGCACACCCUCUAUCACACCAUCACGUCUUUCUUUCUGCCCUUGCCCCUUAUCCUCACCUGUUAUAUGCUGAUCCUGUGCUAUACCUGGAGGAUGUACCUGAAGAACAAGAGUGGCAGAAAGCGUGGUCAAAUUGCUAACAACCAGUCCCGGGACCGAGCCAUCCGCCUCACCAAGAUGGUUCUGGUCCUAGUGGCGGUUUUCCUGGUGAGCGUAGGGCCCUACCACAUGCUCCAGCUGGUCAACUUAACACUGCGGCGGCCCACACUGGCCUACUACACCUGCUACUACCUGUCAGUGUGCCUCAGCUACGCCGCCAGCAGCAUUAACACUUUCCUCUACAUCCUGCUCAGAGGACACUUCCGUCGCCGACUCACUUACCGCAAGCCGACCAGCAGGCCUAGUGUUGAGAGUGAGCCUUGUGGGCCCCAGGUCCGUACACCACAUUCCAGCUUCUGA